ACGUUGCACGGCACCACACAAAAAUGCAGACCCCUCACUCCCUCCCGUCUCAGCUAGGACAGGGUUAAACAUGACUGGGGGCGGGGCUACACUGCCAACGAGGCUUAUGCUUGGUACCGUUCUCUUAAAUUGCGCACCUCUAUUUAAACCCCUUUUCCUUGCUGGGGGAUGUUGGGAAUUGUAGUUUCACAAGGAGCUGUGGCGUCUGUAGAAAUAGCGGGAGCUCUAGGUUCCGUAAAAUUAUAGCUUCGAGCAUGAACCUCUGCCUUCUGUGGGAGGUGCCGAGAGGCCAGGGAUGAUCUGCCCUGACUCCGAGUCGCAAGAGAUCGCAAGCACAUCGCAAAAGGUGUAGUGUGGCUCGCUCUCAUUUCACAGGACUUGGCUCAGAGAGCCCGGCUGUAUCAAAGAUGGUCUGGCAGAGCAGGUGGCCUGGAGAUCUAAUGUCAAAAUGAGGACUCACACUCGGGGAGCCCCCAGUGUAUUUUUUAUACAUCUGCUUUGUUACAUUGUGGUCUAUGGCACAGAAAAGGACAUAAAUACACAAAUACCAUUCCUUAAUGCAAAAUAUGAUGGCUAUCCCAUGCUGUACUUCUCAAAGGGUGACAUGGAAGGACUCAGAGCCCAGGCAGAGAGCAGCCAUCAACACAUUUCUGCAAAAAUCAAUGAGGCAGUUCAUGUAAUGCUGACCAACCCUAGUGAAUACCUUCCCCCAUGGGACCCAAAGGAGUUUUCUGCUCGAUGGAAUGAAAUUUACGGCAACAACCUUGGCGCGUUGGCAAUGUUCUGCGUCCUGAAUCCAGAUAACACUGAAGCACUUGGUCUGGCCAGAGAAUAUAUGGAAAGGAUGGCAGCUCAGCCUAGUUGGUUAGUGAAAGAUGCUCCUUGGGAUGAAGUUCCCUUGGCACACUCUCUGGUCGGCUUUGCUACUGCGUAUGACUUUCUCUACCACUCCUUUAGCAAGCAACAGAAGGUGAGGUUUCUAGAGGUUAUUGCCAACGCCUCAGCAAAUAUGUAUGAAACCUCAUUCAGGAGAGGCUGGGGCUUUCAGUACAUUCACAACCAUCAACCCACUAAUUGUGUGGCCCUGCUCACUGGAAGUUUGGUGAUGAUGAAUCAAGGUUACCUGCAAGAGUCCUAUUUUUGGACAAAGCAAGUGUUGACAAUCAUGGAGAAGUCUAUAGUUCUAUUAAAUGAUGUGACGGAUGGCUCUCUCUAUGAGGGAGUGGCUUAUGGCAGCUACACCACCAGAUCGCUCUUUCAGUACAUGUUCCUUGUUCAGAGGCAUUUCGACAUAAAUCACUUCAACCAUCAUUGGCUAAAAGAGCACUUUGCAUUCAUGUACAGAACCAUACUACCAGGCUUUCAGAGAACUGUGGCCAUAGCAGAUUCCAAUUAUAAUUGGUUUUAUGGACCUGAGAGUCAAUUGGUGUUUUUAGACAAAUAUGUCUUGAGAAAUGGAAGUGGUAAUUGGCUGGCUGAACAGAUUCACGCAAACAGAGUGCAAGAAGGUCCUGGAACACCAGCUAAAGGGCAGCGUUGGUGCACCCUUCAUACUGAGUUUAUUUGGUAUGAUGCAACUUUACAGUCUACACCUCCACCAGAUUUUGGCACACCUCAGCUUCACUUCUUUGAAGACUGGGGAGUUGUGACUUAUGGAAGUUCCCUACCCGCAGAAAUUAACAGGCCUUUUCUUUCCUUUAAAUCCGGAAAACUUGGAGGCCGUGCUAUAUUUGAUAUUGUUCAUGAAAACAAGUACAAAGACUGGAUUAAAGGAUGGAGAAAUUUUAAUGCUGGACAUGAGCAUCCUGAUCAGAACUCUUUUACAUUUGCUCCUAACGGAUUUCCUUUUAUAACUGAAGCUUUAUAUGGACCAAAAUAUACUUUUCUAAAUAAUGCUUUAAUGUUUUCACCUUCUGUGUCUGAGAGCUGCUUUGCUCCAUGGCAAGGUCAGGUCACAGAAGACUGUCAUUCUAAAUGGCUGAAAUACAAGCAAGGAGAAGCUGCAGACUGUCAAGGAAGGGUGGUUGCUGCUGUGGAGAAAUCUGGGUUUGUUUUUAUCAGGGGUGAAGGGGUUGGAGCUUACAAUCCUAACUUGAAAUUGAAAAGUGUUCAAAGAAAUCUUAUCCUGCUACAUCCACAGUUGUUACUCCUUGUAGACCAUAUUCACUUAGACAGUGGCAGCACUCUGAAGGCAACUUCAAGCUUUUUCCACAAUGUGGAUAUGCCUUUUGAGGCAACCUCCAUUGAUAGUGUUCAUGGAGCAAUAAUUAGGCACAAAGAUGGAAUGUAUAAGAUGUACUGGAUGGAUGACACUGGUCUGAGUGAGAGAGCAGUCAUUACUUCAGUUUCUUACCCACAGGGUUAUCCAUACAAUGGAACUAAUUAUGUGAAUGUCACAACUUACCUCAGGAAACCUAUAACAAGAGCCAUACAUGUUUUCAUAGGACCUUCUGUGGAUGUUGAGAGCUUCAGUGUCCAUGGAGACUAUCAGCAAGUUGAUGUGUAUCUUGCUACUAGUGAACAUGCAUAUGCUGCUUACAUUUUCACGGGAGAAACACCUAGCCAGUCCAUCUAUGCUAAAGUAGUUGCAGAUAGACAGAAAUUUGUCUUUGACAAGACCUCUGCCAUCAGGAGCUCUUCUCCAGAGGAAGUCAAAGAUUAUUCUGCAAUUGUUGAGCAGAAUCUCCAGCACUUUAAGCCUGUUUUUCAGGAAAUGGAGAAGCAGAUUUUAUCUCAUGUCAGAAACACAGCCAGCUUCAGAAGGACAGCCGAACGUCUGCUUAGGUUUACAGAUAAAAGGAACACAGAGGAGGCUAUUGAAAAAAUAUUUUCUGUAUCUCAGCAGCAGAAGCAGCAAGGCAGAACCAAAAAAACCAGGAAGGCCACAAGAAACAACAAAUUUAUAAAUGCCAUACCAGACUUAUUUGCGCAAAUAGAAGUCAACGAGAAGCAGACACGCCAAAAAGCCAUGGCUCUGGCACAGAGUGAACUUCCAGUCAAUGAAGAAGAAGAAAUGAAAGACCUUUUGGACUUUGUAGAUGAACCUCAAGUCAAGCCCAAACCUGCUUCUGUUAGUAAACAUGCACCCCCUCAUAUGUUUACAACUUUCCACAGCGGGACUUCAUCAAUUUCAGCCUCUUACACCAAACUGUUUUUAAUUCUAAAUAUUGCCAUCUUCAUAGUUCUGCUAGUGCUACAGCUGUCUCGAUUCUUAAAGCCAAAGGGUGUGCAGCAGAAAAGAUGUUUGUAUGCUAUACUUGCAUUAGAUUUUUGCAUACUGAUGUGGCUGUAUUCAUCAUGUUAUCGGUCUCAGUGUUAGAAAGCAGGCAUGUCAAACCUGUAGCUCUUUAACUGUUAAGCUAGAUCUCCCAGCAACAAGUGUCUAGUGUAUACUUGAAAUUGAUGCUUAAAGGAGAACUAAACCCCCCCCCCCCCGACAAAGGUCCCCAGCCAUGAAAUGAGCCCCCUCCCCACCGAGUCUAUUGCAGUGAACAGUGUCUCUCAUAGUAAAGAUGACCUCUACAAGCAGAAAUGUGCAGCGGAGUCAGCAAACUCCAUCUUCUGAAAAUUCUUGUUCUCUUCCAAUCAGUUUGGCUACACAGAGCUUGCUGACGCAUGUGCAGUUGAAGAUACCCUGGGACUGCCUUCAACUGCGCAUGCGCCAGCAAGCUCUGUGUAGCCAAACUGAUUGGAAAAGAACGUUGUCACAUGUUAGGAACCCAAGUGAUUACAAUCACUUACCUGAUACCCUGGACAAGUGAUAAUAUGAGCAGAAAAAUGCACAGUCCUGGGGUACUUCUGAGCAAGCACAAUGGAGUCUACCCUUGAUCCUGUAUUGACGCCUGCACAAUAGAACAAUAGCUGCACACGAACAAAGGGAGGAUCGCUCUGUGGUGCUCGCUCACUAAUACCCUGGGCCAGUGCAAUUUUAUGCUAACAGGAGAAUCGGCUGGGGUAUCAGGUAAGUGAUUAUAAUCACUGGGGAGUGCCUAACGUGGCAAUCUUUCCUUCUCCUUUCAGUUGCAUUUGUUGUGUUGUAGAUUUGUUUGUGUUCCACAGCACAGUAAAGCUGUGUGACUUUACUUCAUUGUACAGGUAUGGGAUUCGAUAUCCAGAAACCAUUUAUCUAGAAAGUCCCAAAUUAAGGGAAGACCCUCUCCCAUAAACUCCAUUUUACAAAAAAUUUAAUGUUUAAAUUACAUUUAAAUUAAAUUAAACUUUUUUAAAAAUUAUUUUCUUUUUUUAGCGUAAUAAUAAAACCGUACCCUGUGCUUGAUCCUUAUUGGAGGCAGAACACCCCUGUUGGGUUUAUUUAACGUUUAAAUGAUUUUUAGUCAAUUUAAUGGAGAUCCAAAUGACUGAGCAGCCCCUUAUCUGGAAAAAAGGGUGUGAAUAUUAGUGUUGAACAGAGAAAAAUGAACUUAAUGCAGCACAGUUUGUGGGUCCUAGAUUUGAUUCCAGCCAAGGUACUAUGUUCAUGGAGUUUAUUAUUAGUUUACUCUGGGUACUUGCUUCUACUUUACAAAAAUAAACUGGCAGGUUAAUUUGAUCCUGAUGAAAUUGAUCCUAGUAUGUGUAAAUAGAACAAGGACUUUGACUGUAAGCUGCGCCGAGGCAGACUUACAAGAAAAAACAUGCUUCAGAGUAUAAUGGCUCUAUAUAAAAAAAGAGUAGAAGUUGAAUUGCUGUGUUGUGCAACAUCUGCAAAUCCUCAACAUGGCCAAUGAAAUGUAAAGUGAUCAUGGGUAUAUGCCCACACAAUCAUUAAUGCAUUGUAAGAAUGAUUUUGACAUUUGUUUGUUUUUUAAAUUUCACCCUGCCCUUAUUCUUACAAACAGGGGUCCUCCACCUCAAAACUGUUUUUGCAUACUAAAAGAAAAUGUAAUUGUAAUGUACAUUAAACAUUUUUAAUGGUUUUAAAGUUAUCGUUAAAUGUAUCUGUGAUUAAGUAUAAGAAGUAUGUCAGGCUGUUUAUAUUCUCUGCACUGCUGCCUCUGACUCUUGAGACAAUGUAGCAGAAACCAGCUAGAAUAGGACACCUCUUAUAUUGUAUCGAGAGCAAGACCCAGACAACAAAAAGGGAUAAACAAACACUAUAUUUUCUUUCAUUAUGCAACAAAUGAUUUUUGGAUGCCGGGCCCUCUACUUUACUUGGAGGAAAUGGUUUCAUCAGUUACACUUUUGUUUGGGCAUCAGCUACUUUUUUGGAAUUUAGUGACUGAUUAAUAAAACCUCUUCAACAUA